CGAUGGUAACGGUAACUGCGAACAGGUAGCAACUAUCGCCCAUCCCUGAUUCCCCUUGUCAAUGUCGCUGGCAAAUAAAUAAAUAAAUAUCAACAAAAUAGAGAAUGAGCGCGGAGGCGAGAAUCAAGGAGAUUGCGCCAUCGCUGGACACCAACGAGCGGGAUGGUGAGAGGGAGCGGGAGCGGGAGCGGGAGAGCGGAUGCCAGGACGUAGAUGCCACCAACUCGAACACGGAGCCCAGUGCCAGCGAUUGGGUGAAUUUCUCGCAGUGGAUGCACUGCUUCUGCGUGGUCACCUUCGAUCUUAAUCUGGGCCAGGCGCUGGAGCACGUCUAUCCGCCGCAGUUCAUGCCCAGCGACCAGGAGGUCAGCAACAUCUGCUACAUGGCCUUUCCGGACUCCAAUUCCGGCUGCAUGGGCGACACCAAGUUCCACAUGAGAUUGCGCUGCACAACGCGUCGGGAUUCCCUGCCAGCCUACAAUGCGGAGUGUUCGCCGGCACUGCGACAGGAUGGCUCCCACUACUGGGGCUUCGUGUACUUCCGGCAGAAGCGGGACGCGAAUCUGCCGCGUGGUUACUUCCAGAAGAGCUUCAUCAUCAUCACACGGCUGCCGUUCUUCAAUCUGUACUACGACAUACUCUCCCAGCUGGCGCCGCGCUACUUUGAGGACGGCACAGACGUCCUGCGGCUGGCCAGCGAGCAAAUCAAUCGCCAGUGGCCGGGCCUAAAGGUGGGCAAACCUCUCCAGCUGCCGCUGAUGGAGUGCAGCUAUCAGAUCUGCAUACCGCGUACCAGCAGCAGCAGCAGGAAGUCCACAGCAGCAGAAGGUGUUGGCAGCGCGGGCGACACGCCACCGGCCAUGGCUGCUUGCCCAGCGGCCAAGGUGCUGGCCUCGGUUAACGAAAUCGAGCUCUUCCGCUCCCUGGACUUUGUCAUGGAGCAGCUGUACACGCUGUGGGAGCUGGUCAUCACCGCCGAGCCCAUCGUUGUCGUGGGCACCUCACCCGCCGACUGCUCCCACAUGGUGCAGACCCUCCUGGCGCUGAUCGCACCGCUCGAGUACUGCGCAGAGGCGCGUCCCUACUUCACCAUUCACGACAGCGAGUUCCGGGAGUUCACACAGGAGUGCAGCAGCAAGACGACACUGCCCGCCUGCAUAUUGGGCGUGACCAAUCCGUUCUUUGUCAAGCUGCUCAAGGAUUGGCCGCACAUGCUGCGGCUGGUGGACAACCAGAAGAACAUGCAGCAGCAACAGCACUUGCUGCUGGGCCAAAAGCACGCAAGAAACAUUGCAUCGGCCACAUCCUUCUCCAGCGCAACGGAACUCAGUGGCAGAUCGGUGAAAUCCAACGCGGCCCUGAACGGCAGCUCCAGCAAUGGCUCGGGCGAUGCCUCAUCGGCGGGACUGCACAGCAAGUACAGGCCGUACCUGAAGAAGGACAAGGCGCUGAUCAAGAAGGUGCUGCUGGGCAUGAAGACCAAGCGGCCGGAGCAUGUGCAAACCGCACUGGUACGACGCCACCUGCUCGAGCUGACCCAGAGCUUUAUGAUACCGCUGGAGCGGUAUAUGGCCUCGCUGAUGCCGCUGCAGAAGGACAUCAGUCCGUUCAAGUCGGCGCCCAAUGCCAGCAGCUUCAAGCUGGACGAUUUCCUGGCCACGCUGGAAACAGCUGGGCCGCAGCUAACGUCGCCGCUGAAGGGCGACUGGAAGGGCCUGUACAGACGCUUCUUUCGAUCGCCCAAUUUUCGCGGCUGGUACGGUGCGAGGCAUCGGGAGCUGCAACUAACGCUGCAGGAUCUCCAGCUGCAGGCGCUGUCGGUGGCGAAUCUCGAGCACUGGGCGCACGACAAGCAGGAGGUGGAGAUCAUCGAUAUGAUACUCAAGCUCAAGCAGAAACUGAAUCUCUAUGGCGACAAGGCCGCGCAGCUGGAGGGCAUCAAUGGUACGCAGCAGCAGAUACGCGCGCAGAUCGAGUGCAUGAAGGGCUUGCUGCCGCCGGAUCUCAAGAAUGUGGUGAAUCUUUGAUCUUAGUUGGCGUUCCAUCUGUCUGUUAUCCUGUGUGAUUGUGUGCCCGCGUGUGCGAUGAGUGUGCUCUGUGCAGCAGGCGGUGCUCUUUUAUCAGUGUAAAUAGGUUUUAAUCGGAGAUUAGUCGCCGCAUUCGUGUCUAGUUUAAUUCUAAAAUAAUCCCAAGCCAGCGAA